ACCCAGCUGGUCACUCCACUGUCAGUACUCAAGGGGGUAGUGUUAACACAGGCAGCAACCCUCCCUGAAGGAACCAAGCAGGAUUCUUGAAGCCUCAAAAGAAAACAGCUCACUUGAGGGACGAAACCUCUGUGCUCACCUUUGAAGAACAAGUUCCUUCAUUGUUGAUUACUUGGCCAUGUCUUUCAGUGUUCGUGUGAGCGUAGUUCUUGCUCUCUUUGUUCUGAAGACGAGCGAAACUAACGCUUUCAAACAAUCACCCCUGCUGGUCAAGGAGACAGCUAUCUUGGAUGACGUCUUGGCAGCACAGCAUCAGAAUCUACAAGAAGGGCAAACACCAUAUGGUUCCAGUAGCAGUGAAAUGCCCCCGACAGACUAUAAGCGGGUUACCGCAGGCGAUCUGGGCACGGCCAGAGGAACGAUUCUGAAGUCCUUCAUGGGAAGAGAUUUCUACGCCUUCAUGAGCAUCCCGUACGCUCAGCCUCCCGUGGGCGAUCUCAGGUUCAGAAAUCCUGAGCCGUGGGAGGGCCCCUGGCCUCAGGAGGUAGAUGGGGACUACGAGGCCACCUGGCUGAGAGCGAAAUGUCCUCAGAUCUCCCUCAUCCUUGACGUCAUCUCCGGCAGAGAAGACUGUCUCCACCUCAGCAUUUACACCCCUUUGCUUCCGGAGGAUAUGGAAGCCAGCAGCAGUCUUCCUGUGAUGUUUUGGAUCCACGGUGGAGCUUACACUACCGGUGACGCCAGCCUCUAUGUUCCCACCAAGCUUAUGGACCGAGAUGUGGUGGUGGUGGUGGUGCAGUACCGUCUGGCCUCGUUGGGUUUCCUUGCUGGGGGUAUUCCCGAGGCUCCUGGCAACAUGGGGCUCCUCGACCAGAUCAUGGCCCUCCGCUGGGUACAAGAUUACAUAAGCUACUUCGGUGGAGACCCCAACCUAGUGACAGUGUUCGGGCAGAGUGCUGGUGGAGCCAGUGCAUCUUGGCUGCAACUCACGCCGUUAACUAACGAGACAGCGCCACAGAACAAUGGUCGUCAGCUGCUGCAUCGUGUGAUCGUCGAGAGUGGCUCUGCCCUGGAGAUCUGGACCAUCGACAACAACCCGCAUGAGUCCUUCCAAGACACCGCUGCUCUCCUCAAUUGCUCCUUGGACGGCUGGAGCUCCGAGGAGAAAGUCGAGUGUAUGAAAACCAGGAGCUACAAGGAGGUCACCCGUGCUUCACUUGUUCUUUAUGCACAAGACCGUAUUACGGGAGGUCUGGGGUUUCGUGGUUUGUGUCCAGUGAUUCAGAGUGAACUGGCCAAUGGUAAUCACAGUGACUUGGAAAUCGUCAUUCCCAAGGACCCUCGUGCCACACUAGAGCUUGGGGAGUUCCUGAAGGUGCCUGUCAUGAUCGGCAGUGUACGAGACGAAGGAUCACUCAUCAUUGGAUUGGCCUACAAGGACUACUUAUACCCCAAAAAUCACACCCCUAACGACACCGACUUCAUGAGAGACCAAGCACUUCACAUGAUCAUCAGUGCCUUUGGUAAGGUCACGGUGUCCUCGUCUACAUCAAUAUCUAUGAUGGGUGGAGUGAUGUUUCUCAAGGCUGGCUUGUGGGAGCUGGUGCACUACGUCAACAGAGUGGCUCCUGACGAGGUACCAGUAUACUUCUACUCUUGGGAGUUCGAGGCGGACGACUCGCUUUUCCCAUGGAUCUUCUUGUCCAUGCCUGAUAUUCCUGUGCCUGGAGGUAUCUCACACGCUGACGAGCUCCUCUACCUCUUCCACCUUCCCAGUGAUUUGGACGAUCGUCAGAAGGUCAUGGUAGAGCGUAUGUUGACACUUUGGACCAACUUCGCAAUAUGUGGGAACCCGACUCCUGACGAUGGUGAAUGCCAGAGUGAGGAGUGGAAGGGAGAGAUAGAGAAGUGGCAGACCUUCUCCCUUACACAACCCAACUUCAUGCUCAUCACUGACACAUUCACAGUAGCCCAGGAUUUUCUCACGCGAUGGAACUACCACAGGGAUGUGGUAAGUCCCACCACGCAGGCGGUGAGCAGCACAGUCGAGCCACAGGUGGUGUCCAAAGAAGAGUUCGACCAGCAAGUGCACAAGACGAAACAGUGGCAGCUGGCUACAGGUAUCCUGGGCGGUCUGCUUGCGUGCACUGUCAUCGUAGCCGCUGCGCUCCUCGGCACACUGCGCAGGAAAAACAAUCAACUUGCGUGAUGUGUUAAAGGGAUUCACAGUGCGAGUGCAUCUGAGUAGGUGUGUUUG